AUGAUUAAUAAUCAUUCGAUAACAAAACUUAAGAAUACGCAGUUAAAGCCCGAGUCAUCGUCAUUAAACAGAUUUGUUGGAGAAAAUUACCAGUCGAUAGUCCGAAAAAUUGGAGAGGGCGCAUUUUCAUCAGUUUACUUGUCUGAAAUCAAAACGAGUCAAAACAAAAUAGUUCCGGUCGCCUGCAAGGUGAUUUCUUUAGCCGGAUGGAAAACCGAAGAAUACGUCAAAACAUUUUUGCCAAGGGAAAUCGAUAUCAUGACAAAAAUUAGGCAUAUUAACAUUAUUCGCGUAUACGGCAUUGUCCAGUACAAAAAAUGUUUAUUCAUAAAUAUGAGGUAUGCUGAACACGGAAAUGUCUUGGAAUUCCUUGAUGGCAAAACACUGAACGAAUUACAAGCUCGUGUUUGGACCAAACAAUUAACCACUGCAGUUCAUUAUCUUCACGAACUUAACAUGGUACACAGAGACAUCAAAUGUGAAAAUAUAUUAGUGACGGCAAAACUAAAUGUGAAGUUGACCGACUUCGGGUUUAGUCGGAUAAUACCAGGUGACGAUUACCGAAGCCGAACAUAUUGCGGUUCAAUACACUAUUGUGCCCCCGAAAUAUUGAGAGGCAAGCCUUACGAUGCGAAACUUGCUGACAUCUGGUCAUUGGGAGUGGUGCUGUUUGCAAUGAUAAACAACGUGAAACCUUUUAAUGCCAAUAAACGCGAAGAGUUGAUAGCUUUACAAAUGCAGAAAAAUUGGUCUUUUCGAUCAGAGGUUGAACCGAGUCCAAAAUUGGCAGAUCUCUUAAAUCGAAUUUUAGAGCCGAAACCGGAAAAAAGGAUAACAGCGGCAGAAGUCUUACAAUCACAAUGGAUGAAAUCGGACAUAUUAACGAGCGUGUAUACUGAUCAGGAGCUUUUGGACGUGGAAAGAGCCCGUGCCCAAAAAAAUGACUACAGUACACAAAUGACGACUAGACUGGCUCAAAACUUUCACAACGUCAAUUAUUAUUACAUGAAAAACACCAUUAAUAACUCUUUAAAUUUCAUCGAUAACACUGGAAUAUUUGAAAACGUUUUAAAUGAUCAGCAAGAAGAAAUUUCUGAAAGUUAG